AUGGCCGUCCAGCAGCCAAAGCCCGUCGCGCUCCCUGCCCGCAGCGGCCCUGCCUCCAUCCUGGUCUCGCCGCGCCAGAAGGGCAAUCCCAUUCUGAACAGCGUCCGAAAUGUGCCAUGGGAGUAUUCGGAUAUUCCCGCUGACUACGUGCUCGGCGCCACAACAUGUGCCCUCUUUCUGUCCCUGAAGUACCACCGUCUGCAUCCCGAAUAUAUCUACUCGCGCAUUCGCGCGCUAGCGGGCAAGUACAACCUACGCGUCCUGCUCACCAUGGUCGACAUCGAGAACCAUGAGGACGCCUUGAAAGAACUGUCCAAAACAUCCCUCAUUAACAACGUCACCCUCAUCCUCUGCUGGAGCGCCCAGGAAGCCGGCCGCUACCUCGAGCUGUACAAGACGUACGAGCACACUGCUCCCACCAGCAUCCGCGCACCCCAGGCCUCCAACUACUCUGAGAGCGUGGUUGACUUCAUCACUACGCCGCGCAGCAUCAACAAAACCGACGCCGUCAGCCUGGUUUCCAACUUCGGCAGUCUGCGCACCGCCAUCAAUGCGCACCCCGAAGAGGUCGCCCUGGUGGCCGGCUGGGGCGAGAAGAAAGUCAAGAAGUGGUGCAGCUCCGUGCGCGAGCCCUUCCGUGCGACGAAGGCCUCGAAGCAGGGCGGCAUGACGCGCGAGGAUAGCGAAGCAUUCCCGCCAACCUUCUCACGCCAAGCUACACAGCCGGGCGGACGUAAUACCCCAGAUCCGCGGGUUGCGGCACGGUUGGGCGUGGGCGCGCCCGUGCCUGUAGAUCAGGAUCUGCUUGCCCCUGUGCCGAGCAGGAACCAAGACGCUGAGCAUGUUCCGUCCAACGAUCCAGGUGACGAAGAAGAGGAGGCCUUGCGCGAGAUGGAGGCGGUGGCCAUGGCAAGCAGCUCAAGCACGAAGCCAAACAAACCUGCAGCUGCCGUCACAAAUAAGCCCGAAGCCGCAGCUGGCACCUCUAACAAACGGAAAGCUCCAAGUGAUGAGCCUCUUAGUGAAGGGAUACAAGCAGCGUUGGCCAGGCUACGGCAGGGAGGCUGA